UGUAGGUUAUCUAUGUUUUGUACAUACAGGUGACAUAACUGGCGACGUUUGGCGUUUAAUCGUUAGCCAUGUAAAGUAAAUAAGAAAAUGAUUGAUGCUUAAUGCAUGUACAAUGGAGCAUUUAUGUCAGUGACUGUACGAGAUUCAUCUUUUUGCUUAACACAGCAGUGUGAAGACAAGAGUUUAUAAUGCCACUUAAAUUUUGUGCCAACUUAUCAUUUAUGUUCCAAGAGACAGCAUCUCUUCUGGAACGAUAUCAGCUGGCGAGAGAUGUAGGUUUUCGUGCUGUGGAAUGUGCAUUUCCGUAUGUACAUACAGUCGACGAAGUUGUUGCUGCUCAGAAGAAGGCAAAUGUUGAACAAAUCCUAAUAAAUGUUUUUGUAGGUGAUGUUACCAAAGGUGAGCUGGGAUUUGCAGCAAUUCCUGGAGCUGAACAGAAAUUCAAUGAUAGCGUUAACUUAGCAAUAAAAUAUGCAAAGGCUUUAAAAUGUUCAAGCAUCCAUGUAAUGUCCGGUGCUGUCGAGAAAGUGGAUGAAGAAAAUGUGAAAACAUAUGAAAAGAACAUAAAACAUGCAGCAUCACUGUUUGAAAAGGAAAAUAUUCUUGGUUUAAUAGAGCCCAUCAACCCUUACUCAGUUCCAAAUUAUUACAUGAACAGUUUUCAUAAAGGUCUUGAGGUGGUGAAGAAAGUUAACAGUUCGAACUUGAAGCUCAUGUUGGACAUAUUUCAUCUGCAGCAGUUGCAUGGAAAUCUGACUCACAACAUCAAGGAGCUGCUGCCAUAUGUUGGUCACAUCCAAAUAGCACAAGUGCCAGAUCGUAAUGAACCGAAUACAAGCGGAGAAAUUGACUACCGGUACGUCUUUUCUCUGCUAGAGAAGUUGGGUUAUGACGGCUGGAUUGGACUGGAAUACAAGCCAGCAGGAAACACAGAGGAAGGGCUUAAAUGGGUUCAAGAGUUCAACAUGAGACUCUGAAUUUGAAGCAUCUACUGAUCGCUUUAUCCAAGUUAUACAAUGCAUGUAAUGCAAAAAUCACUAACCAUCUUGAAGAAAUGUAGCCAUUUGUAUUAUUUGUUAAAUUUUUAUCUUAAAAAUCUUA